AUGUCUAAUAAAAUACAAAUGCUAAACCCAAAAAAGGAGAGAAGUUCAGAAAAUAAAAGGACAAUAGUAAACAAAAUGGAAAAGGAGGAAUACAAUGCAACAUCAUUAAUAGAAAACAUAGUAGAUAACAAGGAAAAAAAGACAAAUAAGAACGAAAAUGUGCAAACUGAACAAAUUAAAAAAUCAUACGAAGAUGACUCAAGUUUAGAAUCUGACAGUGAUAACUCGGAAAAAUUUGAAAAGUUGCUAAAAAAUGCUAAAGUAGUUAAUAUUUCAAGUUUCAAUAAAAAUGAAUCAAAUUCAGGAGAAGGAAGCUCAAGAACUUCCCCACUUGAUGAAAAGCAUUUUCCUAUGGCCCUAUCUUUCACAUACAACUUCAUGCUUGAAUAUGGAUUCAUAGAAUCGCUUGAAGUGUUUGAGAGAGAAUAUAUUAAAAAAUUUGGUGAAGACAUGAACAAGUUGAGAAAAACGGAGUAUGAAAACAUAUUUACCCAAAAUGAACUUUUAAGAAAUGAUUUUAUGAAUCAUGAAAAAUUAACAAAAGAAGUUCAACAAUCUUUGGAAGUUGCAAAUAAAAAAAUUCAAAAGACAAUAAAAGAAAGAGAUUAUUAUUUAAUGCACCAUAAACGAGUUCUGCAGGAAAAGGAAACUCUAAAUAAGGAAAUACAAAAACAAAAAAAAGAAAUAGAAAAAUUUCAAAAUUCUGUAGAUGAAAUAAAAACCAAAUACGAAUCUGCUGUUAAAGAAAAAAUGUUAGUUAUUCUGGAAAAAGAAAAGAGGGACACAAAAAUCGAAGGAUUAAAUAAAUAUAUAGAAAAACUAAAAGAUUUGUUAGGAAAUAAUACAUUAGAUAGUUCUAUAACUACCAUUUCCUCGAUAAGCUCAAAGAGAACAAAUACAUGGCAAAAUACUGCAUCAAAGCAAGAGAAAAAUAAUUUAGCAAAAAUAAACGAGAAAAAGGAAGACUCCCCAUGGCCUAGCAAUGAAAGUCCCCCUUAUGAACCUAAUAACAAUGAAGAUAGGGAAAAUUCUAAUUUAUGUAUUUCUUCAUUAAGUAUUGAAAAAUCUUUUAAUGCUCAUGAUAGUGCAGUGUUGGGCCUUGCAUACAACGAUAAAGUUCAUUUAUUAGCUACUGGAGGUGAUGAUGGAAAAUGGAAAACAUGGAGUGUAACUAAUUAUGAAUUGGUGAUGGCUUCACAAGCUCACAAAAAAUGGGUAGGCGAUAUUUGCUUUAAUAAAGAUGGGAAUAUCUUAUGUACUUGUGGCGGAGAUGCUAAAAUAAAAAUGUGGGAUAUGAUUAAGGAAAAAUGUGUUCACAUUUUUAAAAAUUCAACAGGACCUGUGUGGAGUUUGUCAUUCCAUUAUGAAGGAAAUUUUUUUGCAUCCGCAUCUAUGGACCAGACAAUUAGAAUAUUCGAUAUAAACAGUUUAAGACAAAGGCAAAUUUUAAGGGGGCACGUUGACAGUGUAAAUUCUGUUAACUUUCAUCCAACGUCUAGAAUUCUCGUUAGUGCAUCUGUUGAUAAAACGGUAUCAAUUUGGGAUAUGCGAAGUGGCCUGUGUGAGAACACUUUCUAUGGACAUCAUUUCCCAUGCAACUAUUCUAACUUCAACGCAGAUGCAUAUUGGGUAUAUUCUUGUGAUUCUGGUGGCGUUGUUAAAAUUUGGGACAUCCGAACAAAUAGUUGCUUCAUAAAUAUAGAUGCAGGACCAUCAAGUGCAAAUAAAUGUCCAAUGGAUAAGCAGAAUAAACACUUGUUUAUAGCCUCAGAUGAUCAUACAAUAAAAAUAUUUAAUGUCUUAGAAAAGAAAUUCAUUCGAGCGUUAAAGCACGAAUUCCCAAUAAAGAACGUUUUAUUAGAAAAUAACAAAUUGUUCUGUUCCCUCUCUUCUGGCGGAAUAUGCACUUGGGAACAAGGAGAGGAUAACUUUUGA